UAUUCUGUUUUGGUUCCAAAAAACAAGCCCGGUUCUAUUUCUUGGUUCGAAUAUAUUCAUUUUCAUUUUUACUUUUAUAUAUUUUUUAUGAUUUUGUGAAAGUAAUUAAGAUUUGGGAUCUGAGGAGGAAGGAGAGGAAAACAAUGAUGGUGUCAACCAUUCUGCGAUUCUGAUUCCCUCUGUUUUAUUUUGUUGUUUUUCGCUUUUUUUUUUCUGAUUUCAAUUAAUUUAAUGCUUCUUCAAUUCUGACCCUCACGCCAUGAGGAAGAAGCUCGAUACGCGUUUCCCUGCUGCCCGGAUUAAAAAGAUUAUGCAAGCUGAUGAGGAUGUUGGCAAGAUAGCAUUAGCAGUGCCUGUUUUAGUUUCUAAAGCAUUAGAGUUAUUUUUACAAGACCUUUGUGACCGUACAUAUGAGAUAACUCUGCAAAGAGGAGCUAAGACCAUGAAUUCAGUGCAUCUAAAACAUUGUGUACAGAGCUAUAAUGUGUUUGAUUUUCUACGAGACAUUGUCAGUAGGGUGCCUGACUAUGGUCAUGGUCAUUCUGAUGCUGCUGCUGAUGAUCGAUCCAUCACUAAAAGAAGAAAACCACCUGGUGAUGAAUGCAUUGACAGUGACGAGGAGUUGAAGAGGAGCAAGAUGCUUGAGGUGAGCCAUGGAAGCAGCAGUGGCAGGGGACGAGGACGUGGUCGGGGACGAGGCCGUGGGCGUGGUGCUCGAACAACUGAAAGAGAGCCUGUGCAUCAUGAGACUGAAUCUGAUCCCUGCACAUCUCUUCAGCAGAGCAGCAAACCUAAUAUAAAUCCUGCUACGGCAGUGGAUGAUGUUUCUGAGUCAAAGGAAUUGUUGAAGGAAAAUGCCAGUGUCCCUGAUGAAUCUGAUCCAACAGUUCGAAAUUUUGACUUGAAUGCUGAUGUGCAUGAGAAUGAGGACACAAAAGCUGCAGCGGCUGCAGCCCAAGCCUCAUCCACUGCUCCUACUUCUGAGACUAAACAUGAAGAAUACCCAGGGUGGUCUCUUUCAGACGUGGACAAAAUGUCCAUUGACCCUCUUCAACUGGCGCAGCUGAGCAAAAGGCUGGACGAGGAUGAGGAUGACUAUGAUGAAGAGGGAUAACCUUCACUUGAUGGGGGACUUAUUGUCCCAAAAUUAGCUGCAGACAUCAAUGUCAAUGGGAGGCUCAUGGAGGAAAGUUCAAAUAAAAGUAUACAAAAGCUCGAAUAGUGACUAUUCAUUGAAGAUGAAAUGGCCUAUGCACUAGUCCUGAUGAGGACUUGGAAGUCUUUUCUUAUAGCAUUUGCUAACAUCCAUUUCCAGAGGUAGCUUUUGCUGACAGUGGCAGAGAGGUUAGCCUCUGCACUUUGACUCUUUAAUCAGUGUAUCAGAAAUAUGGCACCCUUAGAUAGUGGUGGAUUAACCCUCUUUAAUUUUUAAUGUUUGUUUUAGAAUUUGGUAAAAUUUGUAAUGCUGCUCACUGUUAUCUUCUGCAAGUAAUAGUUUACAGUAGACCUUUGGUGAAUCUGACCUCUGAUGGAUUUGUGUCCCUUGGAUUCUUGGCUCCUAAAUAGGUUAUUGAACAUGUUUCAUAUAGUAUGCCCUCACAGGUACUUUUAAUGAAAUUGGGAUUCUUGGCUCUUA